CUGUAUAUAACAAUCCUCGCCUAUUAUGAAUCAUAGGUCUGUUCUGACCUCCAUGUUACAAUUUUUAAAACAGGUCCUUUCCUGGAUUGUUCUCAAAUCGUAGAGGAAAACGACGUUUCACUGGACCAUGUCCUGUGCCCAUUAAACCCAAACCAUUUCAGGUUAUGUUCCAUCUGCUGCCAGCCCAAUGUGAGCGGUCCCCUAGUGGUCCAGAUCAACUGCUCCAUACACAGGCAGGACUGGGACGCAGAACUGCCACUCUAGAUGAGAGUAUGACUCAUCAGGAGUUAUGUGAUAAACUCAUGGAAUUGUAUCCAAAACUUGGUGAGGUAACUGGUGGUUGGCUUCUUUAUAAGGCAGCAGGGGGUUGGGGAAGCCGGAAGCUUUCACUUGUUGCACCUGCAGACUGUGGGUACACAGGCAGGCUUAUUAAAUAGCGGAGAAUUCUGUCAUCUAUAUAGCUCCACUACAAGAUGAGCUCGAUGUCACUCCCUUGCCACCAUCAUCAGAAGCAUUUCGAGAUAUGCCUAAAGCAAUGUGCAAAAAAUGCAAAAUACUGUACCCACUUCAGAUCCUCACAAAUCACAUUAAGACUUGUUCUGAUGUUGUUGUGGUCGAAGAUGGAGAUGAAAGUCAGGAUGAAACUCUGCAUGAGGCACAACAUGUGGAAAGUGAGAAAAAGAGCAAUGAACAGGCUUGCUGUCCUAUUUGUCAAGAAGAAAUGCCCCUUGACAUCUUGGAAGUUCAUGCCAGUGAAUGUGGGGAAAGAUCUAUGGAUGAUGAAAAUAACAACACAACUGAGUUGUCAUGUAUGGAUAAUGAAGUGAGCGACACUGCUGAGUUUUUAUACGUGGAUAAUGAUUGGAAAACCCAUCCGGAUCCAAAAGUAGCUAUGGCUUUGUACAGAAGGGAAAUUCUCAGACUGCAUGAGACAGGGAAACCUCUUUUAAUGUGUAUGGACUUGAGAACAUGUGCUGAAGAACAGGAAAGGCAACUGAUCAACUUCUACAAGCAAAGAAAUGUAGAGUGGGCCUGUCCUGUCAAAUGUCAACUUGAAGGGGAUGCUGCAGUUGGUGAUGGAGUCACCAGACACUUUUUUUCUACAGUUCUUGAAAAACUGAAGUAUGGUUUCAGUUUGAACUUGGGAAACACAGGAGUUACUUGCCUCUUUGAGGGACAGCCAGACCACUUGGUGCCCUCAUCCUCACAAUUCCUCAUUGAAAGUGACCUCUUCCUAGUAGCGGGGAGAAUGCUAGGUCAUUCUUUUCUGCAUGGUGGCCCAUGUCUUGCAGGGCUCAGCAGAGCUUUUGUUCAUGUUCUACUUCAAGGUUCUCAAGAUACUGCCACUUUGCAAUUGGAGGACUGCCCAGAUGUUGACAUACGAGAGACCAUCAACUUGCUCAGUGGACAGUCUCCAUUGAAUGAGGACCAGUCUAGUAAAGUCCUGGAACUUUGUUUGUCUUGGGAUCUUCCUGGUCCAACAGUGGAAAAUAGAAGGUGGCUUUACGAACGUCUGCUGUCACAUGCGGUUCUCGGGAGAAGAGUACGCCAAAUCAAGCAACUCAAACGAGGACUGAAAGACACUUUUGUUUGGCCUCUUCUAACUGAGAGGAAGGAUGUGGUAUUCUUCCCCAAGGAAUCGGAGGACUCAUGCACUCCUGAGAUGCUGCUUUCACAUACCUCCUGGCCUAGAGAGAGUGAUGAUGAAGAUGAUGAAUACUCAGCUGAUAUAAAGGAACGGAUCACAGGGUAUUUAAAGCAUUUCAUUGAGACAGCAUCCAGCAAGGAUUUAAAAAACCUUAUGAAGUUCUGGGUCGGAUGGGAGCAGAUGGAGGCAAAUAUGGCUGUGGAAAUUGUGAAAAGUGAUCUCCCAAAAUCCUCUACCUGCUUCUGUGUUCUCCGGCUACCAGGGCACUACAACAGUUUCCAGUCCUUCACCAAGGACUUGAUGAUGUGCAUUGGCACUUGCAAGUAUGGUUUUGGCCAUGUGUAAUUUUUAGACACAUGUACAUGUUACAUUUGUUACACAGUGAUUUACACUUUUAUUAAAUGCUG